UGCUCUACAGCGGCCAGGUCACAAGCAUCUGAAAAUUUAACAUAGAAAAGGAAAACGAAGAAAAUAGCUAAAGCAAAGGUCCAGCUCCAAACUUUACAUUAGUAAGGCAAAUUCCCUCGCCUUCCCCUCACGGCGCACAGCAGUUCUACCCCUCCCCAACAGAAAAAGAAAUACCCACAGCUAAAAUCCAACCCCAAGAUCCUCCCAUCUUCUCUCUCUCUCUCUCUCUCUCUCUCAAACGCACACUGCUGAUAUUUUUUAAAUUCCCAGGGCGGCCUAAAGUUAAAAGCACCCGUUCACUACUGCAACUACUGUCUCUGAAAUCUACAAAGAAGGUAGCCUGAAAAAUCACCUAAUUCCUUUGUCCUUCCGCUUGAACGCGUCGAUCUCGAACUUGAUAAAAUGAGGUGGGGUUAAUGAGGCGGCGUCUAAUACAUGAUCAGGUAGAUGGAUACUCUAUUCCGCCUGGUUAGCCUUCAAUCCUCCGACGAGCAAAACCAGCAUCAACAGUCCUCUCUUAACUCAAGCCGAACCUCGAGUAGCUCCCGCUCUUCUCGCCACGCGCACCACCACCAAUACCUUCCUUCCACCGCCUACUUUGAAGUCUCCCAGGAAGAAGAAUGCGGCUUCAUCAAUCCGCAUCAACCCUCCUAUUUCUACAACAACAACAACAGCAACCUUUUCAUGGAUGAAGACUUCUCCUCCUCCUCCUCCUCUUCCAAACACUUUCAACACUCCGAUCAACCUCCGGCCGCCGCUCCUCCUCCCCCCGACUUCCCCCUCCCCGACCUUUUCUCCGAUCCCAAUCGCCGCUGGGCCUCCGACCUGCUGCUCGAUUGCGCCCGCGCUGUCGCAUCCCGCGACAGCUCCCGUGUUCAACAACUCAUGUGGAUGCUCAACGAACUCGCUUCCCCUUAUGGUGACUUUGACCAAAAGCUCGCUUCUUACUUCCUACAAGCUCUCUUUGCUCGUCUCACCUCUUCCGGCCCUCGCACACUCCGCACCCUCUCCUCCGCCUCCGACCGAACUGCUUCCUUCGACUCCACUCGCCGCACCGCGCUCCGCUUCCAAGAACUCAGCCCAUGGUCCUCCUUUGGUCAUGUCGCCGCCAACGGAGCCAUUCUGGAAUCCUUUCUACUUCAUUCCCCAUCAUCAUCCCCCUCUCGCCUCCACAUCCUCGAUCUCUCCACCACCUUUUGCACCCAAUGGCCCACCCUACUUGAAGCCCUCGCAACUCGCUCCGCCGCAGACGAAGAUACUCCUCAUCUCUCUAUCACCACCGUCGUCCCCUCCACCUCCCCCACCGCCCGCCGCGUCAUGCGAGAAAUUGCUACUCGAAUGGAGAAGUUCGCCCGUCUCAUGGCCGUCCCCUUCCGCUUCUCCGUGGUCCACCACCCCGACGCAGACCUCUCAGCUCUCGACCUCGAUACACUUAUCUCAUCCGACUCCUCCGCCGCCACCGCUCUCGCCGUCAAUUUCGUCAACUCUCUCCACGGCGUCUCCCCUUCCGCCCGCCACCGCGAUGUCCUGCUGGGCAAAAUCCGCAGGCUUCGGCCGCGGAUCGUGACGGUCGUUGAGGAAGAAGCUGAGCUCGACUUCGAUGAAGACGAUGAAGAGGGCUUCCUAAAGGGCUUUAGAGAAGGAUUAAGAUUCUUCUCGGCAUAUUUUGACUCGUUGGAAGAGAGCUUUCCUAAGACGAGUAAUGAGCGCCUGGCGCUGGAACGGGCCGCGGGUCGGGCCAUGGUUGAUCUCGUGGCUUGCCCGGCGAGUCAGUCAGCGGAGAGGAGGGAUACAGCGGCGGGAUGGUCGAGGAGGAUGCGGAUAGCUGGAUUCUCUCCAUUGGCGUUCAGUGAUGACUUGACCGACGACUUGCGAGCGUUGCUGAGGAGGUAUAAGGAAGGGUGGUCGAUGAGGGCUGCGGUGGCGCCCGAUGAGGCAGACGAGUCAACGUCAUCUGGCGGCGGACGUGGUGGCGGCGCCGGCUGUGGGAUGUUUCUGACGUGGAGGGAGGAACCGGUGGUGUGGGCGAGCGCGUGGAAGGUUUGACGUUGGUUGGUGGCGGGAAGCGCGUCGUCGCGCGGCGUAUGCGGAGGCGCGGGAAGGGUCAAGGAUCGUGAGUUAAUUUGAAACGGUCGCACGCAGAACGUCAAAGCAGGAGGGGGAGAGGGUGGUAAUGAACGACACGUGGAAGUCAGAGAGAGGUUUGUUAGACUUUAUUUUUAAAGAUUUGUAAUCACACAUAUUUGUCUUGUUAAGAAGGUAUUAUUUUUCGUUUUUUUUUUCUUCUAAUUUUUAGCGUUGAUUUCGCUUCAAUGUUGAGCUUACAUUCCAUUAUGCAUGCUUCUAAGUCUCAAAUA